UUUGUGUGUGAGGCGGGAGAGUCCGAUCGCGCACGCGCGGCCACGCCCCUCCCUCCCCCGCCCCGGUGGCUGCGAGGAGGCCGGGCAGCGCGGGGGUCACGCCCCCGGCCACGCCUCCGGUCACGCCCCUCCGCUCUUCUGCCCCCGCGCCGCCGCUGCAGCCGCAGCAUCGCAGCCCGGCCCGGCCCGGCGUCGCCCCCGCCGCCGCCGCUCGGCGCCCGCCUGGCCGUUGCCGUCCCGGGCGGGGAGGGAUUGAUGUGGAGGCCGAGAGCGGCCCCGCCGCCGCCGCCGCCAUGCAGCCGCCGCCGAGGAAGGUGAAAAUCACUCAAGAGCUGAAACUCAUCCAGGCUGAGCAGAUGACAAAACUCCAAGCGAAGCAUCAGGCCGAAUGCGACUUGCUUGAAGACAUGAGGACAUUCAGUCAGAAGAAAACGGCGAUCGAGAGAGAAUACGCACAGGUAAGGAGCAGAACGUGGCAGCCGAUGGUUGAAGAGUUUGCAUUCUCUUUCCUGCAGAUUUUUUAAAAAAAAAAACAACAACUGUUGCCGGCAUUAAAUUCAUCACUUGGGCUGUUCAAGUCCUCGACUAACAACAGUCCAUUUAGAAAUUGUUUUAAAGGUACCACAACGCUGAAAAAGGGGGGCAGAUGGCUCGUCCUCGGACUUACGACUCUCACAACAUUUCCCCAAGGUCACGUGAUUCAAAUUCAGGCACUUGGUGACCAACAUGGCAAUUGCAGUAUCGUGUGUGUGUGUGUGUGUGUGUGUGUGUGUGUGAGAGAGACAGAGAGAGAGAGAGAGAUGUGAUCACCAUUGGCCACCUCCCCAGCCGGCUUCUGAUCAGCAAAGUCAAUGGGGGGGGGGGAAGCUAGAUUCACUUAAGGGCCAUUGGUUCACUUAACAACUGAGCGGAUUCACUUAAACAGCUGGGGCAAAAGAGGUUGUAAAAAUUGGGCACGACAAUUUCGACAACCGCCUGCCUCAUUGAACAAUGGAAGUUCCGUUGCCGAUUGUGGCCGUAAUUCGGGACUGCCUGUACUGAAAAGGUGAGAUUGUCCCAAUUGAGCGGAAUCCCUCUCUAACUUUCUCACAAUUAAGUGACUCUAUUGUGUUUGUCACAUUAAGG